CCCUCCUGUUUUAUCCGUACUGUGACAUCAGUGUGUUUGACCCGAAGCUCUGCGUUAUUCUGCUAUUAAAAAGCCGGUGAGUCACCGAGAGGAGCUCCAGCUCUGAGUGAGUGACAUGUGGACACUAACUUCAUCUGGUGAACAAAAAGGGGGAGGCUGGUCUUUGGUCAGCUGUUGCGCCUGCGCUGCAAAAAAUAUCCACAUCAGCAAGUAAUUUCAUCUUAAUUUAACUCCUAAUCUGUUUUUCUGACGCUUAUAAACGGCUGGCACAUAUUAUUUGGAGGAGAACAAGGUUUUAUUGUGUCAUGUGCUCUUUAUUUCUAAGGAUUUUAAAGCUCUGUUCGACUUCUUACAAAGAUGUUUUUUGCAGUGCGCGUGCUUUCCAGAUCCUCCCAGCACUUUCCGGAACCGUCGUCUUGUGAAAUCCCCGUCCAGUAUAAAACCCGCAGCCAAGAGAGGUUCAUUUUUUUAGGAAAAGCAGUGCACGCUUUCACGGUGCGUAGUUGGAUAAGCUGGUGACCGCGCAACAUCCCAGAAAGAUAAAGUUUUACCACACAUAGAUUACUGUAGUUCUGUAUUUUAAUUGUUAAAGAAAAGUUUUGGUUCGGGGUAGUUUGGUCCAAACAGCAGAACUUGAACUGGUCUGGAACUCAUCUGGACAUGGCAGAGGGAGACUUCUACACGAUGGGAAGCCGGCAGAGGUUUCCCCGGGAUCCGUUUGGAGAGUCCCCGUUCAGGGAUCAGCUCGGGUCUCGGUUUAUGGAGGAUGACUUUGGGAUGCCAUCUUUCCCCGAAGAUUUGUCAAUGGACUGGCCGGGCUGGGCUCGGCCUGGUCGGCUCGGCACGCGCCUCAGCACGUCGCCCUUCGGCAGCGGUUUACGCACAGGUUUCCCCUCGCGGCAGUCCGCGGGAGGCCCCGCAGUGUACACGAGCAGGUACGGCGAGCCGUCCUCCCGGGGCUCCCCGACCACCACCAGCAGCAGCACCGGGGGGGAGCCCUGGAAGGUUUGCGUGAACGUCCACAGCUUCAAACCAGAGGAGUUAACCAUCAAAACGAGGGACGGAUUUGUAGACGUGUCAGGAAAACAUGAAGAGAAGCAGGAAGAAGGAGGCAUAGUCACAAAGAAUUUCACAAAGAAGAUACAGAUCCCGAUAGAUGUGGACCCCGUGACCGUCUUCGCCUCCCUGUCCCCCGAGGGCGUCCUCAUCAUCGAAGCUCGGCAGACGCCUCCGUAUUACCUCUUCAGCGACGAGGGCUCCCCGCAGGGUGGAGACGCGCAGGUGGAGGUGGAGGCCCUCAAGCCCCAGGAGGCCCCCGCAGUCUAAAACCCAGCGUCCUCACUAACGUAACGAAUCAUCCUGCACUAUUGAAGACAUGUUUGAUAGGAAAUGUGUGGCCUUCAGCCUAAUGUUAAUGUGUAAAAUAUAAUAGGUGAGUCUUGUUUGAGGUCCUUAUUAAAGCUGCACAAGGCAGAGAUUUUAAGUAUACAAGCAGAUAAGUGAAGAGCUUCCUGAUCCUACAGACAGAGAUGCUCUACAUUGGCCGCGUUGCCCAAAUUAAAUUCAGGUGUCACUUCUUUUUCAUGUCAAAACCCAAAACUCAAAUGUCCAGAAGAACCCAAAACACAAGGUGUUUUUUUUAAACUCUUUUAUUACAAUGAUUGGAGACCAGCUGCUUGGAUAAACAUGCACUGCUGUUUGAUUUCUUCCAUUAGACCCUCUACUGUCAGUCUGUGUCUCUCAUGUAUUUCCGUUAAAUGCAUAUCUUCAGAACUGCAGUGAAGUUUUAUUCGAUUUUUUUCCAAGUUCACAAACUUGUCUUGUGCAGCUUUAAUAUUAUACAUAGUUAUAUCCUGAGGUUAUGCAAGAGCCGUUGGGCGGCUGAUGCAUCAUAAGUCACAGCAUUCUCACUAACCGGUAAGUUAAUAUGACACUGAAUGUGAAUCAUAGUUGUAUUUAUGUUAACAUGCAAUUCAUUUAUUGGAGGUUUUUGCAUCGAUUGUAUUGUUUGUGAUUUUAUUUGGUUGAAAAAAAAACAAAUGUGCCUUUAUUUCCUUGAGUGCCUUGACUUCCUUCAGUUCUUCAGCUGUUUAUCUUUUGAGUUGAUGAAUGUCAUUUAAACUGACAAGAAUCGAAAGCAAGUUACCUUUUGUGGCUUCAUUAUGGGGUGAAUCGUAUUCUACCAAAGUGUAUUGUAAAUAUACUUCAUGUGCCAAUUCAUUCUAAGUAUUAAUCUAAAUAUUAAUCUAAAGUGUUCCACGUUUUGCAACAUGGUUUGCUUCCUUUUUCUUUUCUUUUUUUCUAUUUGAGUGUUUGGGAAGAUGGCCGCAUGGUUGCUGAAGCGGACAGUCUGACUUGUUUGCCAAAGACGUUUGUCUCCUGCAUUCUUUUUUUUGUUGUUGCCGUCUUUGUGUUGGCUGAUGCAAUAAAAAAGAUGUCCAGCCAAUCUCCCAGUGUGUCUUAACAUCUGUGUCUUUUUAUUGAGAGCCGUGCCACUCUCUGGCCCGGUACCAAGGAUCCAGGGAGCCUGUGGUGUUAUUGUUGGAUAACAGAAGGAAUUGGGCAGCAGAUUAGCGGAGGGCUUAGUGCUGGCUGAGAUUGGCACCGCCGUGUGCUGCGGAAUGGGCCAAAUGCACGGAGGCAGCACUGCCACAGCUGUUUGUAUGCAAGUGCGCAAAAAAAUUAA